AUGGCCGACUCAGGUCUUCCCUCCGGCUGGGAAGUUCGUCAUUCGAACUCUAAGAACCUUCCCUACUACUUCAACCCCGCCACCAAGGAGUCGCGCUGGGAACCUCCUGCGGAUACUGAUACCGAGAAGCUAAAGGUCUACAUGGCGACGCAUCACACCCCCGCAGCUCGCCCUGAGGCCGGUGGGCAGGGCGAGGGCAAGAUUCGCUGCAGCCACCUGCUCGUCAAGCAUCGCGACAGCCGUCGCCCGAGCAGCUGGAGGGAGGCUGAGAUCACUCGCUCCAAGGAGGAAGCUAUUGAGAUCUUGAAGGGUCAUGAGCAGCGCAUUCAGUCGGGGGAGAUCACUCUUGGUGACCUUGCAGUCUCUGAGUCCGACUGUAGCAGUGCUCGCAAGAAGGGUGACCUUGGAUUCUUUGGCCAUGGCGAGAUGCAAAAGGAGUUUGAAGAGGCUGCCUUUGCUCUGCAGCCGGGUCAGGUCAGCGGCGUAGUUGAGACGGCGUCUGGAGUCCACCUCAUCCAACGUGUCCAGUGA